UUAGUGUUGCAAAUACCAAGAUGGGAGGUGGGAAAUUCAAGGCAAACUAUUUACUAUUUCUCAAUACUUCGCUAUAAUGGAAAUGUAAUAGACAUCAAGGAACGUAAUAGUUAAUAGAUUUCGAAGGAAAAGUAUUGGAAUCAGAGUAAUUGAAAAAUGUUGGACGAACUGGUUAAAGAUUACUCCGCAUAUUUAAAAUUAGAUGUGUUAAAUGGUUUUCAAACAGUUCAAGAUGUGGUUGAUAACAUGCUGACAAGACUCGAAGAGCUGACUAGUGUACUGCAGAUGGUCAAACUAAAGAAUAGUGAUUGUAGCUCAGCUGUUUCAGACGAUAUCAGCAAAUACCGCAACGAAAUUACAGCACUUUCAAAAAAAAUAUCCACUCUAUUAAAUGUGAUACAGAAACUUCAGAAUAAUGUGGAACAACUUGAAAAACAAGUGGAAAAAGCAGAAGCUGACUUUGGUAUAAACAAUGACAACAGAAUUAAAACCUUUUUAAAACCAUUCUUGAAAAGGAAUAAAGAAAUCGUUCCACCAAGUAGCCCAUCUCCGAAUUAUGAGAAAUUAGUUUUUGAAAGUGUCCUAAACAGUUUUAAUGAUCAGAAACCAUGAACAAGAUUAUAUUACAAAAAUAGGCAAUAAGUAUAUAUUUUUAUACACAUUUUCAAGUGUGGGAACUUAUGGUCCUGAAUAUAUUGUGUACUUAUUUUGUAAUCUAAGUAUAGAUAUGUAAUCACCUCAGAAUACAUUUCUGUAUUCUGAGGUAAUCA